GAAAAGAUUACUUUUUUAUAUAAAAAAAUUUGCAUUACAAUCCUGACAUAAAAAAAAAGAAGUGAAAGAAAAGGAAAAGGGAAAAGUAAAAUCCCUAGGUCAACUGUGUUCCCUCCUCCUGAAGCCAUGAGUUGCAGUGAAUGCUUAGAAUGGGUUUACACGGUGGCAGCGUGAAAAAAUUACUUGUUUUUCUUGUUGAAAAUUCUUAAGCGGCAGCAACAGAUAUACAUGGAAGAGGAAAGAGUUUUGAACGAACACCUACCAACUGCAAAGUGGAAACAUGGAAACAUGAAGAAAGAAAAGAGACAAAGAAAAUCCCGCACCAGAGGAUAUGCCAGAGUUACCAUGAAGCAGUACAACAGGAAGGAGUGGGCUUUGGCUUUGAAAAGGGGACAAUCAAGUUGGAGAGGGGGAUCACUGAUCAUCACCACUUAGAGAGCGAGAGACUUCGGACCAGAGAGAAAGGAGGAGAAACGACUGUUGUGUGAACCUAGCUGCCCAGUCAACUUCACUUUCCGGCGCCUGCAAGAUCAUUUUUGGUUGCCAAAAGAGAAGUUCGGUCGAGGAGAGCAAAGGGAAUUAGAACCCAAGAGGAAAAGCAUCUUGAAGCUGCGAAGAACUUACGCUUACGGGGUAACGUGCGAUACCAUCAAAGGUGGUUGUUGUCUUUGAACGUGUUCGUUGAACGCGAAUUCGUUAGAGUACUGUUUCCCUUCCCCAAAUUCACUACGCGAGUGAGAGUUUCGAUUUAGAGAUUAAUUUUUGAGCUACGGUCCUGCACCGCAUUGCCAUACAUGGGCGCUUCAGAAUCUACUCUCUCAAGCGGACAGACGCCUGAUGACAGAAUCACCACCAUAACGGAGCGAUCGGAAGCUUCUGACCCUAUUUUGGAGCGCCUUAAAUCUCUCAAAAUUACACCACCGAUAUUGACCUCUCCCCCAACAGAGGGUACUUUAACUGAUAUUUUGGUGAGGAAGCCUUCGUCGUCUUCGUUUUCAGGUACAGUGAAUCCCAAGGUUCUAUUGGAGCUCUUCUCAAUGUACCGCGAUUGGCAGGAGAAAAAGGCCCAAGAGAUAACCAAAAGACAGGAGGAUAUAGAAAACAAAAUAGAAGUUGCAGAUGCUUUGGCAAUCAAACUUCUUCAGCGAUAUAAUCAUUCAAAAUCUACAAUGAAGAGUGCUUCGCAGCAUCUAUCCGGAGGUGGAAAUUGGAGAGCUCAAAGGAAGGUUGACUGAGGUGAUCAGUAAUUGCGAUGCAUUGUGCAAGAGGAUUGAAACAGAGGGCUCAGAAUCUCUCCGGUCAUCUAUCAAACCUUUUUCUAUUGCUACGGCUGACCAAAAAACCGGCUCAAGUUCGUCUACUUUGCCGACAGUUCCUAAAAUAAAUCCACCUUCUGCCGAAGAAUAGUUUGAUUUUUGCUCAUAUUUUGAGAAGCUUCCUACAUUCUUAUCGAAUUUGAGGUGCUCGAGAUUCCGAAGAACGGUUGGAUCACAUUCACGUGAUAGACUAAUUUUUUUAUGGGGCCAUGUUUUGGAGGGCAUGAAACUUCGCUUUAAUUGGGACCAAAUCAUGGCUACCACAGCAACCCAGCCAUGUUUUGAUGCUUCUAUGGGAGCUACGAUGUCCGUCACCGACACGCACAUUUUUCUUUGGUUGCUAAUUGGAGGCAAAUAAUUGAAAGGACGAGAUAACAAAUACGUGAUCGGAUCUAAAGUGAUAACAUUUGUCAUUUUUUGUUGGGUCUCUUAACGUCGUUGUUUCGACUUUUCGACAACGGUGACAAUUUCAGUAUAAAUUAAGCACGUGAUCGUGUAAUUGUGCCACAUGUUGCCAAUGUCUUUAUUGAUGUCAACUAAAGAUAUAUUUUGUCAUCUUCAAAUUAUGUCAGAUGUCAAAUAAAGAUGUUAAUCCUUUUGUUACAGUACACAA